AUGACGUAUCGUCCUGACCUGCCAGAGAGCGGCGGUUCCAGUGCCAACUCUGUUAGUGGUGGCGGCUCUGACACCUCAUUCACUCCCCGCACCGGCAGCGACGGGAACGGUAGCGGUAACGAGCCCACUUCUGGUGGUGGCGUGGGCAUUGCUCCUCGACGUCCGGCCCCGUCUAGCGGCGGGGGUGGCGGUAGCGAUAUCGGUAACGAUCUUACAUCUGGCAAUGGCAAGGGCUUCUCAUAUAGACGUCCAGCUCCGUCUAGCGGCGGCAACGGUGCCGGCAAGAGCGACUCGGAGACGAGCUUCAAAAAGAGAGAAGAUCUUCCUGGAAGCGGCGGCGGCGGCAUCGGCGGCGGAGGAGGAUCGUUCACAGGCCGCAAUCCGACCACCUCUCCACCGAAGCCGAAGCCCCGUCCGCCCAUCUCGGCGCCAAAGCCGGAGCCGCAACCCAGCGCCCCUCCUAGUGACACCGGCGGCAACGGCGGUGGCGGUAAUGGUGGUGCUAAGGUGGCAACCACAAAGCUUUAUCUGCUUUCGGAGGGCUCUACCAAGGGGCGGUGUUUGGACGGCAGUGCCCCGGGGUACUACCAUCGUCAGGGCUUCGGCACUGGCUCUCGGAAGUGGAUCAUUUUUCUCGAGGGCGGCGGGUGGUGCUUCAGCCUCAAGCAGUGCGCCGUACGUUCCAAAGGCCUUCUCGGGAGCUCCAAUCAAUGGCCAAAGGAGCGCAAGGUGGAGUUCAACGGCGUGGUGAGUCCGAGCAGCCGCGACAACCCGGGUUUCUACAACUGGAACGUGGCAUCUAUUAAGUACUGCGACGGAGGCUCGUUCGCGGGCGGCUCGGGCAUGGCGCGCACCAAGGCCAACGAUACGGUCUUCUUCCUCGGCAACUGGAACCUCAAGGACUCGAUCAAAGACCUCUUGAACCAGCGCGGCAUGAGCAAGGGCACGGACGUGCUGGUGGCGGGGUGCAGCGCUGGCGCCGUGGCGGUGUCGAUGCUGUGCGAUCAGAUCGCGGGCCAGCUCAAGCCCUUCGGCCUCAAGACCAAAUGCCUCAUGGACGCCGGGUUUAUCCCAGAUGUGAAGGACUACAAGGGUCAGUUUUCCCUGCGUGAGAAGGUCGGGCGCAUGACUCAGCUGCAGAGCUUCAACGGCAUCGGGAUCAACGGCGACUGCCAGCAAGCGAAUCCUGGGCAGAGUUGGAAAUGUUUUUUCCCGCAGUACAAUCUCAAGUACAUCCGGACCCCGACCUUCCUUGUGAACUCGCUUGCGGACUACAAGGGCGUGGCGCUCUCGUUGGCUCCUCGCUCCAAAAAGAAGAGCAACCCUAUCAUCAAGUGCCUCUCUUCCAACUACGACAAGGCCAAGUGCACUCCGCAGCAGCUCGCUCUUCUUCAAAACUAUUCCCAAGGGAUUAAAUCAUCGCUGGACGAGAUUUCACAUAACCGCGCAUCGGCCAACGUGCAGUUCAAAGUGUUCACGUACACCCAGUCCACGCACUGCGUUAUGGACUGCAGACCAGACCAGCGCUAUCAACCUGCACUGCACAUCGCUCGCAAUCGCAACGCAAUCCACGGGUCGCUAACCAAAUCUCACUCAUCUGCACUCUCCUUCUCACACGGCCCCUACUCCCCGCCGCCCCACCAGCCACCUUUCACCACGACGUACCGGCCCCACAUGCCGCUGCGCGGCAACCAUCACGUCUACACCAGACCCCUUAUCAACCCCACACUUCCCCUUCUCGCCCUCGCCCUUGUCGCGUCCCUUGCGCCCUUCUCCGUCGCGGCACUCCCUGGCGCUUCUGGCGCCCGGGGCGGACCGGCGACCACAAGUCUGGUGUUGCUUCCGCCAAGUAAAUACGGCGCGCGAUGCUUGGACGGCAGCUAUCCACCACCAGCUCUCCUUCCUGAUCGUCCUGCUCUCCUCUUUCGUCCUUCCCUGUGUUCUCUCCUUUCCCCAUCCGUUCCCCUCCGUCCCCACCGUCCCUCGGCCCUCUCGUCCCCGCGCAGUCCGCCGGGGUUCUACCACCGGCAGGGGCACGGCGCGGGGGCGAACAAGUGGCUGAUCUACCUGCAGGGCGGCGGGUGGUGCUACAGUGUCACGGGGUGCAGCUUCCGCGCAACCACCGUGCUCGGGAGCACCCGCUUCUACUUGCCGCCAUCUAACCCCGCGUUCGAGUCCACGCUGCGCAAGUAUGGCACGCAAUUCAGCGGAAUGCUGAGCGCGAGCGCGCAGGAGAACCCCGCGUUCUUCAACUGGAACACCGUCAUGGUGCUCUACUGCGACGGCGGCGGCUUCGCGGGCAGCGGGCAGCGCAUCGCCGUCAACCGCACCACCACGCUCUUCUCGCACGGCUCGCGCAUCAUCAACGCCGUGUUACAAGAGCUGACCACGCGGCGCGGCAUGGCGGCAGCCGCCAAGGUGGUGCUGAGCGGGUGCUCCGCGGGUGGGCAGGCGGUGAGCGCCGUGUGCAACCGCGUGGGCGCCGCCGUGCCGCGGGCCAACGUGAAAUGCAUCAUGGACGGCGGGUUCUUCCUCGACGCGGACGACGUGACGGGGCAGAAGUACUUCCGCAGCCUCGCCAAGUCCAUUGUCGCGCUGCACCGCCCCUUCGUCGACCCCGCCUGCCGCCAGAUGUACGGCACACAGGUGUGGAAGUGCUUCUUCCCGCAGAACAACCUCUACUUUGUGCGCCCCCCUGUCUUCAUAGUCAACUCAGUGGCGGACUUUGCCGCCAUAGACAUCGCCAACCAGGGCCAGAACGAGUCCUCUACCACCAGCAUCACGUACUGCAUGAACAAGCUCUUUCUCAAGGCCGGCGCUCCCCCCACUGCCGCUGCUGCUGCUGUCUCUGACUCCGCUCCUGCUGAUGCUGCUGAUGCUGGGGCUGUGGGGGCGGUGGCAGCGGAGUUUGGUCCGGUGGGGGAUGAGGAGGAGGAGGCGGAGGCAUGGGGUGGAGAUGCUGUAGCUUCCAGUGAGCAGACCCGCACUGCUCGGUCUACUGCUUUCUCUUCUCCUGCUUUCCCAGAAGCGUCUGGCGCACAUGCAAAUGCAGGGCUAGUAGACGGAGAUACAUACGAUCAGUUUUCUGGUGUUUUCCACACGCCACAAGGUGUGCCAUCGCCCCACCCACGGUGGUCGAUAGAAGGAGACACGCAUGUGCAACUCGUCCCCUUCAACCCCACCACGAGCACCACCGGCGCCACCAGCAGAAGCUUCACGGCCCUUCACGGCGCUACAGCUACCAUCACAAGAUUCGACCAUGACAGGGACAGAGACCGGGACAACGAAGGAGACAGGGACAGCAGCAAGAGCAGAAGCAAGAGCAGCACCAGCAGCAGCGGCAGUGAGUGCUCUUCAGCGGAGAUGGCAGCGAUACAGACGUACUCGCGGCGGUCCAUCAUGCGAAUCCGCGCUGUGCUGCGCGCCAAGCCUUCAUUCGGGUUCUUCCUGGUGGGCACCAUCGGUCACUGCACCACCAUCUACCCCUCGUGGGCGCAGGUCGCCCGCAAGAAGGAGAACCUGCGUCAGGAGCUCACCACGUGGAUUGGACCCUAG